AUGUAUCCGAAUUGGGGCCGCUAUGGCGGGAGCAGCCACUACCCGCCGCCGCCGCCGGUCCCGCCGCCGCCUCCGGUGGCGCUUCCUGAGGCCUCGCCGGGGCCCGGGUACUCGAGCUCGACGACUCCCGCCGCUCCCUCCUCCUCCGGCUUCAUGAGCUUCCGCGAGCAGCACUUGGCUCAGCUCCAGCAGCUGCAGCAGAUGCACCAGAAGCAGAUGCAGUGCGUGCUGCAGCCCCAUCACCUCCCGCCGCCCCCGCUGCCGCCCCCGCCGGGGAUGCCGGGGGGCGGCUACGGGGACUGGCAGCCGCCGCCGCCGCCGAUGCCCCCGCCGCCCGGGCCGGCCCUCAGCUAUCAGAAGCAGCAGCAGUACAAGCAUCAGAUGCUCCACCACCACCGAGACGGGCCUCCUGGUCUGGUCCCCAUGGAGCUGGAUUCCCCCCCGGCGUCGCCGCCGGUGCCGCCGGCGUCCUACCUGCCCCCGUCUCAGCCCUACCUGCCCCCGCCUCAGCCGCCGCCCUCGUACUACCCUCCGGCCUCCUCUCAGCCCUACCUGCCCCCCGCCCAGCCGUCCCCUUCCCAGUCCCCGCCGUCCCCGUCCUACCUGGCGCCCACGCCGUCCUACUCCUCCUCUUCGUCCUCCUCGCAGUCCUACAUGAGCCAUUCGCAGUCCUAUUUGCCCUCGUCUCAGGCAUCUCCUUCCCGCCCUUCCCAGGGCCAUUCUAAACCCCAGCUGCUGGCCCCGCCACCGCCGUCCGCCCCUCCUGGGAAUAAGACAACUGUCCAGCAGGAACCUUUGGAGAGUGGGGCCAAGAACACGAGCGCUGAGCAGCAGCAAGCCGCCCCUGAGCCAGACCCCUCUACGAUGACUCCGCAGGAACAGCAGCAGUAUUGGUAUCGACAGCACCUGCUUAGUUUGCAGCAGAGGACAAAAGUGCAUUUGCCAGGACACAAAAAGGGUCCUGUCGUAGCAAAGGAUGCAGCUGAGCCAGUGAAAGAAGACGUUACUCUACCUGCCACCAGCCAAGUACCAGAACCCCCUGCAUCUGAGGAGCCCCCGUUACCACCUGCUAAUGAAGAUGUAGCACCUCCUCUCCCACCCGAGGAGCCCCAGUCUGAGGACCCGGAAGAAGAUGCCAGGCUAAAGCAGUUGCAGGCUGCAGCUGCGCACUGGCAGCAGCACCAGCAGCAUCGAGUUGGCUUCCAGUACCAGGGGAUCAUGCAGAAGCACACUCAGCUGCAGCAGAUCCUGCAGCAGUACCAGCAGGCCAUACAGCAUCCCCCGCACAUCCAGACCAUGUCCGUAGACGUGCAGAUGCGGCACUACGAGAUGCAGCAGCAGCAGUUCCAACACCUCUACCAAGAAUGGGAACGGGAGUUUCAGCUGUGGGAGGAGCAGCUCCACUCCUACCCUCACAAAGAUCAGCUCCAGGAGUAUGAGAAGCAGUGGAAAACGUGGCAGGGACACAUGAAAGCCACGCAGACCUAUCUCCAGGACAAAGUCAGCGCACUUCAGAACGUGAAGAACCAGUACAUGGGGAACAUGUCCAUGCCGCCCCCGUUUGUCCCCUAUUCUCAGAUGCCUCCGCCCCCACCAACGAUGCCCCCGCCGGUAUUGCCGCCGUCGCUGCCACCGCCAGUGAUGCCCCCAGCCCUGCCAACGUCAGUCCCACCACCUGGCAUGCCCCCACCCGUGAUGCCACCGUCUCUACCGAGCUCUGUGCCCCCACCUGUGAUGCCUCCGUCUCUUUCUUCCACGGGGCCACCGCCCGUCCUCCCCCCGCCUUCCCUGUCCUCGGCAGGGCCGCCGCCAGUCCUUCCACCACCUUCUCUGUCUUCGACCGCACCUCCCCCUGUCAUGCCCCUUGCCCCGCUCUCUUCAGCCACACCUCCUCCAGGAAUCCCUCCUCCCGGAGUUCCCCAGGGGAUGCCUCCUCCCUUGACAGCAGCCCCAGUUCCAUCCGCCUCCAGCUCUCAGAACUCACAAGUUCCCGAGAAACCUCGACCAGCACUGCUGCCCACCCCUGUGUCUUUUGGUUCAGCCCCACCCUCGGUUUACCAUCCUCCACUGCAGUCAGCCCUUGGCCCAUCAGACCAAGUGAAUUCCAAAGCUCCUCUGAGCAAGUCUUCUCUGCCGUACAGUUCGUUCUCAUCCGAGCCAGGACUUGGGGAGUCUUCAGCUGCUCCAUCUCAGCCACUCACUGCAGUCAAGGAUAUGCCAGGGAGGUCAGGUGGACUGCUUCCAGAUCCUCCUAGAAGCAGUUACUUGGAAGGUCCAAGAGGCCCAAGAUUUGAUGGUCCUCGAAGAUUUGAGGAUUUAGGGUCAAGGUGUGAAGGACCGAGACCCAAAGGGCCUCGUUUUGAAGGAAAUCGCCCCGAUGGGCCAAGACCCAGAUAUGAAGGUCACCCAGCAGAGGGCACUAAAAGCAAAUGGGGAAUGAUUCCCCGGGGGCCAGCAUCUCAGUUCUAUAUUACCCCCAAUACAUCCCUCAGUCCUCGACAGAGUGGACCACAGUGGAAAGGCCCCAAACCAACUUUUGGACAGCAACAUCAGCAGCAGCCUAAGUCACAAGCAGAACCAGGAAACAAAGAACCAUUAGCAGACACCAGUAGUAACCAGCAGAAGAAUUUUAAAAUGCAAUCAGCUACAUUUCCCAUUGCUGCAGAUGUAAAGGAUGCCAAGGCGGCUCAGUCAAAUGAGAAUCUAAGCGACUCUCAGCAAGAGCCACCUAAAAGCGAAGUCUCGGAAGGGCCCAUAGAGCCUUCUGAUUGGGACCAGAAUUCUCAAAGUAUGGAGACUCAAAUGGACAAAGCCCAAGCUGUUACUCAGCCUGUACCCCUUGCAAAUAAAGCUGUACCUUCUCAAUCUACUUUUCCCUCAAAAACAGGGGGGAUGGAGGGAGGAACAGCAGUAGCAACAUCAUCAUCACUAACUGCAGAUAAUGAUUUUAAACCUUUGGGUAUUGGUCUGCCCCAUUCAGAAAACAACCAAGAUAAAGGGCUACCUCGGCCAGAUAACAGAGACAAUAGGUUAGAAGGCAAUCAAGGCAGCAGCUCAUCUUACAGAGGUCCUGGGCAAAGCAGAAUGGAAGACACACGGGAUAAAGGACUAGUCAGUAGAGAUCGAGGCCAGGCAAUCAGCCACGGCCCAGGGUUGGUCAAGCAAGAAGACUUUCGUGAUAAAAUGAUGGGUAGAAGAGAAGACAGUCGAGAGAAGAUGAGCAGAGGAGAAGGUAGCCGGGACAGAGGGCUGGUGAGGCCAGGAAGCAGUCGGGAGAAAGUGCCAGGUGGUCUGCAAGGCAGCCAGGACAGAGGUAGAGCUGGCAGCCGGGAAAGGGGACCACCCCGGAGGGCUGGCAGUCAGGAGAGAGGACCCCCUCGAAGACCUGGGAGUAGAGAGAGAGUGCCACCCCGAAGAGCUGGGAGCAGGGAGAGGGGACUACCUCGAGGGCCUGGUGGUCGGGAGAGGGGUCUGGGAAGACCAGAAUUUGGUCGUGACAGAGGUCCAUUUAGACCAGAACCAGGAGAUGGUGGGGAAAAAAUGUAUCCGUAUCACCGAGAUGAGCCUCCUAGGGCUCCUUGGAACCACGGAGAAGAGAGAGGGCAUGAAGAGUUCCCGUUAGAUGGUAGAAAUGCUCCAAUGGAACGAGAAAGACUUGAUGAUUGGGACAGAGAGAGAUAUUGGAGAGAAUGUGAACAUGACUAUCAAGAUGAUACUCUAGAUCCGUAUAACAGAGAGGACAGGUUCUCAGCCCCAUCUCGAUCUCAUGAUGGAGAUAGGCGAGGCCCUUGGUGGGAUGAUUGGGAGAGAGAGCAGGAUAUGGACGAGGACUACAACAGGGACAUGGGCAGGGACGUGGACAGGGAUGUGGACCGCAUCGGAAGACCUAUGGAUCUAUAUGAUAGAAAUUUGGAUAAUGAGUGGGACAGAGAUUAUGGGAGACCACUGGAUGAACAAGAAUCGCAGUUUCGUGAACGAGAUAUUCCAUCUCUUCCACCUUUACCACCCCUCCCACCUCUCCCACCUAUGGAUAGAUACCGGGAUGAUAGAUGGAGAGAAGAAAGAAACCGAGACCAUGGGUAUGAUCGAGAUUUCCGUGAUAGGGGUGAGUUGAGGAUCCGAGAGUAUCCAGAAAGAGGAGAUACCUGGCGGGAAAAGCGAGAUUAUAUUCCUGACAGAAUGGACUGGGAAAGAGAACGAUUGUCAGACAGAUGGUACCCAUCUGAUGUGGAUAGACAUUCCCCCAUGGCGGAACAUAUGCCCUCACAUCAUUCUUCUGAAAUGAUGGGGUCGGAUGCAAACUUAGACUCUGACCAAGGCCUUGGAGGGGUAAUGGUUCUCAGUCAGAGGCAGCAUGAAAUCAUUCUGAAAGCUGCACAAGAACUGAAAAUGCUUCGAGAGCAGAAAGAACAGCUUCAAAAGAUGAAAGACUAUGGUUCUGAGCCACAAAUGCCUGACCAUCUACCACCCCAGGAUUCACGAUUGCAGAAUACACCUUCAAGACCUGGAUUGUAUCCGCCUCCAGGGUCCUACAGACCACCGCCUCCUAUGGGUAAGCCACCAGGUUCAAUUGUAAGACCGCCUGCUCCACCAGCAAGAUCAUCUGUUCCUGUAACCAGGCCACCUAUCCCAAUACCGCCACCGCCACCCCCUCCUCCUCCACCACCUCCUCCUCCAGUGAUAAAACCACAGACUUCAGCUGUGGAACAAGAACGCUGGGAUGAAGAUUCUUUCUAUGGCCUCUGGGAUACAAAUGAUGAGCAGGGACUGAAUUCGGAAUUUAAAUCUGAACCUGCAGCAAUGCCAUCUGCUCCAGUGUUACCACCCCCACCUGUUCACCCUUCCAUCCCUCCUCCUGGCCCAAUACCUAUGGGUAUGCCACCCAUGUCCAAACCACCACCAGUGCAGCAGACUGUUGAUUAUGGCCAUGGCCGAGACAUAUCCACUAAUAAAGUUGAGCAGAUACCCUAUGGAGAAAGAAUAACUCUGCGUCCAGAUCCACUACCUGAAAGAUCAACUUUUGAAACAGAGCAUGCAGGUCAACGAGAUCGUUAUGAUAGAGAGAGAGAUCGUGAGCCUUAUUUUGAUCGUCAAAGCAAUGUCAUGGCAGAUCAUCGAGAUUUCAAAAGGGAUCGGGAGACACAUAGAGAUCGAGACCGGGAUCGUGGUGUUAUUGACUAUGACCGGGAUCGAUUUGACAGAGAACGCCGACCUAGAGAUGAUAGGACUCAGUCAUAUCGAGACAAAAAAGACCAUUCCUCAUCCAGAAGAGGAGGGUUUGAUAGGCCUUCCUAUGAUCGCAAGUCUGACCGACCAGCCUAUGAAGGACCAUCCAUGUUUGGAGGAGAACGAAGAAGUUACCCAGAGGAGCGAAUGCCCCUGCCAGCUCCUUCAAUAAGCCACCAGCCACCUCCAGCUCCACGGGUUGAGAAGAAACCCGAAUCUAAGAAUGUGGAUGAUAUUUUGAAACCACCUGGCCGAGAGAGCAGACCUGAGAGAAUUGUUGUUAUAAUGAGAGGAUUACCAGGCAGUGGAAAGACACAUGUUGCAAAACUUAUUCGAGAUAAGGAGGUAGAAUUUGGAGGACCUGCACCCAGAGUUCUAAGCCUGGAUGAUUACUUCAUUACUGAAGUAGAAAAAGAAGAAAAAGAUCCAGAUUCUGGAAAGAAAGUGAAAAAGAAGGUAAUGGAAUAUGAAUAUGAAGCUGAGAUGGAGGAAACCUACCGUACCAGCAUGUUCAAAACUUUCAAAAAGACUCUGGAUGAUGGCUUUUUCCCUUUCAUCAUCCUGGACGCCAUCAAUGACAGAGUUAGACAUUUUGACCAGUUUUGGAGUGCAGCAAAAACCAAGGGGUUUGAGGUAUAUUUGGCUGAAAUGAGUGCAGAUAACCAGACUUGUGGCAAGAGGAAUAUUCAUGGACGAAAGCUUAAAGAAAUAAAUAAGAUGGCUGAUCACUGGGAAGCUGCACCUCGUCAUAUGAUGCGUCUGGACAUUCGUUCUUUGUUGCAAGAUGCCGCUAUUGAAGAGGUGGAGAUGGAAGAUUUUGAUGCAAAUAUUGAAGAACAGAAGGAUGAAAAGAAAGAUGCAGAGGAAGAGGAAAGCGAACUGGGUUACAUUCCGAAAAGCAAAUGGGAGAUGGACACAUCUGAGGCAAAGCUAGACAAGCUGGAUGGCUUGAGAACUGGCACAAAAAGGAAACGUGACUGGGAGGCUAUUGCCAGCAGGAUGGAGGACUAUCUGCAGCUCCCUGAUGAUUACGACACUCGUGCUUCUGAGCCCGGGAAGAAGAGGGUGAGAUGGGCAGACCUGGAAGAAAAGAAGGAUGCAGAUAGGAAAAGGGCCAUAGGUUUUGUGGUCGGACAGACUGACUGGGAGAAGAUCACAGAUGAAAGUGGUCACCUGGCUGAAAAAGCCCUCAAUCGAACCAAAUAUAUAUGA